UGUCACUGUCAAUGUCAAAUAAAGAUUAUUGAUUUGUUUCGUGUACGGAUUUUGACCAUUUCUCUUACAAUUUAUUUAAAAACACAAAAUAAUCAAUGGAACAUAUGGUUUUAAUCCCAUAACUGAAAAGUUUGAAGUGGUAAAAAUGAACGAAGAAGAGAAAACAGCCAUAAUACAAAACCUUAACCUUAGGGUAGGGAAUGAUAUAAAUGAUUUAAAAAGUACAUUACAAAUACAGGCUGAAUUAACCACAAAACGCGAUUUACUUUUAAAGAAUCUAAAUGCAGCCAACAAUGAAGUGCCACAAAAACUAGCAGCAGCUUUAGAAAAGGCUGAAUUAAAUUCCAGUCACAUAGACAAAUUAAAAAGUAGAAGUGAUGAGUUGAAGAAGAAAGUUGAAGCGUUCUUGGAUAAAACUGAACCAUUGAGAACUGAGUUUGAUAAACGUUUCGCUGCCAUCAACAAGUUAGAAGAGGUUUUAAUCUACUUGAAAUCAUUUGAAAAAAUUGAUGACUUGAGUAAGCAGAUGAAACAGUCUAAUGAUGAUGAGCAGUUGGUUCUUCUAUACUCCGAGCUCAAGAGCAUGUGCAUACAAUACCAGAAAGGCCACAGAGCCAGCUAUGUGAAGGAAUACACACAUUACUGGCAUAAUGUGCUCAAGGAUAAGCUUACUAAAAACUAUGAAGAUGUACUGAAGCUCCUAAAAUGGCCAUUCUCAGCCCCACCAGAGAAUCCACCAGCACCCAAAGAAGUGAUGGUGAAGUUCAACAGCCUUACCAAGUACCUGUUCCUUAUUGAAGAGCCUGAGGAAUUAGUAAACAAUAAUGUUACUACUGAAGCUUGGCAAGAAAAAGGUCCAUGUUUGCCAGUAAGAGUGUUGCUAAGGCCUUUAAAAAAGAGGUUUCAGUUCCACUUCACUGGCUCCCGACAAACGGCCCGCAUUGACCGGCCGGAGUGGUUCCUUACACAAACCCUCACUUGGAUCAAAAACCAUCAAGGUUUUGUGAGGCACCAUGUCCAGCCCAUCGCUGAUAAACUUGAACUUAAACAUGUUUAUGCAGUGGACGAAUUCAAUACGGGCCUGAUAGCAUUGGCAGCAGAGAGGCUUCACACAGUACUAGCAUUGUAUCACACACAAAGCUCUAAAGGCGAGAUAGUCGACGUGGAUGCGGCAUUCGCUCACGCCGUGGACGAAACUCUAGGCUUUCAUAGAGAACUAGUAGAGAUCACUGGGAGAGACAUCAAUACUGUGCUUUCGGUGCUGACUAAAGUGGAAACGUUCUUGAGGUGGCAGACUGUGGAGAAGAAGUAUGCCCUAGCAAAGAUGGACGAGAUCCUAGAGUCUCCGCAAUGGAGUGAGGGUGUCGGGUCAGGCGCAGGGGCCGCCACGGGCGCCGCGCUGUGGAUCCCGCGCGCCGCCGACUGGUUCGUCACGCUACUGCGGACUAUCGAGGACAGAUACAAGUUGCUGCCACAACCGGGACAUAGGCUAAACUUCCUCGAGCUGCAACUGGAAUUAGUAGAAGAAUGGCGUAUCCGUCUGACUCAGCUACUGAGCGCUGGCUUAGAUUCCCUUCACGUGGACUCCUUCCUAUCACCGGAUGCGACGUCACACCCCGUGACAGCUGUCAUCAAUGCAGCCCAUCAUACUAUGACUGUGUUACUGCAGUGGGCGCAUUCUUUGCAUUACCUCCAACUCCAUUUCUACCGGCGUCAGUUCCACAACUUCACUCAGCAACAACACCACGACGAGGAGUUUAGCGAGGAAACCACUGAUACCGACUACACUGAGUCUGAUGAAACACCCGUUAAGAAGAACAAAGAAAUAUCUGAGCGUGCGUUAUCUCUAAUGGAAGUGGAGUUACAGGCGAAGAACUUGGCGCUCAGUGAGAUGUCUCGACGGAACUCACUGGUAGUCGAACUGAACCAGUAUGACAUAACAAUGCCGAUAGCAAACCCAGCAGUGGCUGAGCCGUUAACAGGAGAAGACGAGGCCGAAGAAGCAGGCGUGUUCGCUGAAGCUCCCGCGUUACUUGCGCGGCUCAGGGACAGUGGGCUCGCGUCUCUAGCUGAACAUAUACUGCUCGAGUUCAAAGCUGGUUUGAAGGAUUAUAAGCGGCAGAAAUGGCACAGCCUGGUGGUAGUGGAGCAGUUGGCACUAUGCGUGUCUAGUUCCCUGUGCCGGCCGCUGGCGGCGCUGUGCGCGCGCCUGGCGCGGGCCGCGCACUCGCUGGCGCCGCCGCUCACCGCCAGGCUGCGGGCGCAUCUCGCCGAUAUUGUCGACAAUUAUAUCUUCGAGGAGAUAGUCCUGGAGAGUUGGUUCAACACGGGCGGUACGAUGCAGUUCACGUAUGACGUCACAAAGAACUUGGUCCCCGCGUUCGCUCCACCCAAUAAAGUGGCUACGGAAGUCUACCAGUUGCCUCGACUACUAGAAGCCUGCAAAAUCCUGAACCUAGACUACGAUGACGCACGCCGCCUCCGAGCUUGCCUUACAAAGCAGCCAGCAGCCGCAGACGAACAUUUAGACAAUCACAAAAUACGUUUCAUAACACCAACUCAAGUACUACAGAUCCUUAAUCAAAGAACUGACCUCAGUGACGCUUCAAGCCCUUCAUCAGUCAUGGAGUUGUUCUGAAGAUACGAAGGAGGAGGCAUCUAAGCAACUUGCCAGUAACGUGUGGCAUGUGAGCACGGCUACACAUGAAGCUUAACACAACCAGUAUAAACUGUCCGUAGAAUGUGCGGAAUAAUACGCAAAGAGAGACCAUGGUAAACUGGUUUUGUGUACCUCGAUCUGUAGCCGUGUUUACAACCAUCGAACCACUAUUUUCAAUCCAUUGAUUAUUAUGCUUUCUUAGCAGACAUCCUAUUUAUCCCUUCGUUUUCUUCCAUAUAACGUUGCUAUGUCAAAUCCUGUGACCUCCCUAACAUUCUAUACGUAUUAGAUAAAAUAUUACUUUGUAAUGCUAUGGCCACACUAUCGAGAGUUUCUAUGAUAAAUAUUCGGGUUUACAUGCUAUAUAUCUUCAGCUUGGCCAUGUCCUCCAAGCUUGGCAUUAGUCGCCAAGCCUGGCUAUAGCCGCCAAGCUUGACCAUAUGCUUGAAGCUUGGCCACAUGCACCAAGCUUGGCCUCAUGCCCGCCAAGCUUGGCCUCAUGCCCGCCAAGUUUGGCCAUGUUCGCCAAGCUUGGCCAUGUUCGCCAAGCUUAGCCAUAAACUUGUAGCAUGGCCAUAAUCUCCAAGCUUGGCCAUAAUUUCCAAGCUUGCCAUAAUCUCCAGGCUUGACCAUACUUUCCAAACAUAUCCAUACUUUCCAAACUUGGCCAUAAUCACCAAAAAAUAAAUAAAUGGGUUGUUUUUUAUGAUUAUGGCCUGUUGUCCGGUCUUAGUUAAAUAUAACUAUUGUAUGUAUGUCGACUAUUACACCAACCCUUAGACCGGUAGGAGUGGUGACUGAUAUUCUUUUGCCGUAAUUUGCGAUCAAUAAUGUGGCCGUAGCAUUCGGAAAUCCUGACGCGGUGACUUAUUGAAGGUCACGGGUAUUUAGUAUCGUAUAUACUCCUAAUGUUUCCGCGUCAUAUGUUCCUAACUCUUACUAAUACUGUAAUGUAGAAUCUAUGCACGUACCUACGUACUUAUUUAGGUAUUAUUUUACAAAAUAGGGAUUAAGUCGAUAUGUUCAAUAUUCUUAUAUUGAUAUUGUAAAAGAUAUUAAAUUUCUCAAACUGAUUUCGGUGUUCCAGAGUAAAGAUCGAGAAAUAUGGAUGAAUCCAAAAUGAUUUAGUAAACGUGACUAAACUGCUUAACAGCUUUUUCGGUUUAAUGAGAUUUCAAACACAUUUUAUUUCACACACAUUUUUCAUAUAAAAUAACAAUACUUAAUAAAAUAAAUCACAGUGUAGGAGUGGGGGCAAAUACGUCAUAUCUACGUAUAAAAUGUACCUAGAAGUGACGUCAUGCGAUAUUUCAAAUCAUUAUAUCCUCGAAAGUUUUUUUUCUGUAAGAAAAUAAAAAAAUACGUGUCUUAAGUUCGAAAAUAAGACGAACAUUAAAAUUAAAAUUAGUCAUCUACCCUAUUGUGAUGUCUUCUAAAGACUAAAACUUAUCGACUUAAUCCUUAUUUAACAGCACAAUCAUUUAGUAGUUCUACUACACUCGUGCUUUUCAUAACCCUAACAUUAUAACAAUUGGAGUAACUAGUUGAUUCGACGGCAUUAGCUCGCGGCAAGUUCAUUUAGAGAGAGUAGCCUCCUCCUUAUAAAAUCUUAUGUGUACAUACUUGUGAAUUUACGUGUAUUCGAUGUCUAAAGUAUCAACUAUUUAUCUAAAACUGGGUCUUCACUAGCGGUUUUAAAGAUUCACAAUUAUAAUCGAUUAAAGAUUCACAAUUAUAAUCGAUUAAAAAUUGUACUGUCACUUUUUAUCUGUGAUUGCAACACUACUUGUAUAAAUUGUCGCUAGUGUAUACCCAGCUUAAUAUCAUGUUCAUUAAAUACCAACUCUUAGAAAAAAAAUGUCUAGAAAUGAUUUGUAAAGUAUAAUUCUAGGACUUAGAUUUGAAUCAAAAGCUAUUGCUAGUUUCAUAUAAACACUAUCUUCUAAAGUAAGCAAGUAAGCAUUCAUUAUCAUGCUAAUGUUACACUAAAGUCGUAUUGGAAUAAUGUAUAAUAUCAUAGUUUUUGUGUAUGUAAGGACUUCCUACAUAUUCAUUCCAAAUAAUAUCCUAGGAAUUAAACUUAGGUGUCGUUAGGGAAGGUGUAAUAAUUAUUUUUUAAGUAAUGUACGUUAUUUAUAUUUGUUAUUUUUCCCGCCAUUUUGAAUUCACAAUAUUUGACGUUUAAAUGUCAAACAUCACAGGCCACAGAUUAAAUAAGUGUUUUAUUUUUUUAUUGUUUUCAAAUUCAUGUGUCUAUUUAUGCCUGUUCGUUUAUUUUGUUAUUGCAAAUGACUUUAGUAUUUAUUGUGCUUUCAUCUUUGUGUAAGAAGCAGCUAAUGAUAUUUAAAUAGUUCUAAAACCACUGCUUGUAAGUGUAAUGAACUUUUUGUAUGUUAUGUUGGAUAAAUAAUUGGUGAAUAUGUGAUUAAUUUUGUAUAGUUGCAUUCGCUUCAAAAAUCUGUUAUAUGGUAUUGGUGUAUGUCAAAUCAGUCAGUGUAACAACAUAGGUACUCAAAAAUGAUAUUGUAUGUAUGUAUGUAUAUUCGUAAGUAGACGUGUUGAAAACACUUGGACUGAGUCUAAAAAAUAUCUAUUUUUAUGAUUGGUAGGAGCUUAUUUUUUAUUUAAAGCGGUAACGCACACUCUUCUAAACAAUAUUGGUAUAAAAAUAAAUUAAUAUAUUCAUGUUUUGUAAA